CGUCUUUGUGACUUUCAUUACAAUCACUACGUCCCGUUAGUAUCGCGUGGUGUAGAGAUACAUAUACAGAAACAUUUCUAACAGACUGAAUGAUAUUUUUUGUUUUUGAGCGCGAUUCUGCCACGAGUGAUACGAAUAAUAAAUGUUUGACAUUAUCACGAAUUAAUGACAUGUGGCUUAAGCUUCGGGGCUGCUAAUCGUCACUUGUAACAAUUUAGCAUUAUCGACUCACGAGAAUACUUUAAAAUGUAAUGGCACCAGCUAUGUGACUUGUACAUAACAAAGUGCGAUCGAAACAUAAAACUAGUAGAUAUAAUAUGGAUUUAAGCACUAUGGACGAUCAAUGUACAGAGACGCAAGGAUUUUGUCCGGCAAAGCACGAAUGGACAUGGGAUGAAAAACUCUCGUCUUCGUCGAUUAAAUUAUCGGAUUAUAAUUUGAAUGUCAAAUUUCAUCCGGUAUAUAGCACCGGUACAGCUGUAGUAAAGGGUAGCAGACCACUGGAGAAAGGGAGACAUCAUUUCUGGGAAAUUUUAAUGAUAACGCAAAUAUAUGGCACAGAUGUAAUGGUUGGUGUGGGAACUGCAAAUGCAGAAAUUAAUAAUGCAGGUGAGAUUUUCUGCGCUCUGCUUGGACGAGAUCAAGAAUCUUGGGGUUUUUCAUAUAAGGGAUACUUACAGCAUGACGGUAAAACGCGUAAUUACGGAGCCACCUUUGAUCAAGGUAAUUUAGUAGGAGUACAUUUCGAUGCUUGGAGCGGCACGUUGCAAUUUUUUCUUGAUCGCAAACCAUUAGGUAUCGCUUUUACAAGGCUGAAUAACGUUAUGCUUUAUCCACUAAUAAGUUCCACGAUGGCCCAAUGCGUCAUGAAGUUGACUUAUAGCUGUUCAAUGCCUGUAUCCCUACAGACCGCAUGCCUAGGAGUCUUAUUACCUCUGCAGCGAAUGUAUCUAUCAAAGACAUUUCCUAGUUUGCGUCAUCUUUGUCAGAACAUCUUUGCUGAUAUACUACGGAAAAAUUACGAUAACGAGGACAUCGAGUUUCCCGCGGAGCAUGUUAUUUUAGACGAUUUUGAUUAUGCCCUUAUAGGACUUGGGAGAAAGAAGAAGCGAAUCAUUAGCAACAAACUCACACUUACCUCAUAAUAGUGCAAUGCGUCACUGAAAUGAAACAUUUCUAAAAGAAAAGUCAACAGAAGAAGCUAACUUGCUGAAACGUCAUUAAGUCGCCUUUAUACAAUUUGUAUGAAUCGUGCAAUAGUCUCAUGUGAAUUUUCUAUCAACGUAUAUCUCUGUGUUUACAGUAACGAUUAUGUCAUACAACAAAACGAUAAAACUUUGCACCAAUUGCAAACUAAUGGGACAUUGUCAGAGGAUUAGUUAUCCAUAACUUGUUUGCAGGUCGUGUACAUAUGCGCGAAUUAUUUAAUGCGCAAUAUUUAAUGUCAUACGAGUACAUAUAUGUAUCUUUUAGACAGAAAAAGCUAACAGAUUUACGUCCUUUUAGAAGCUUUUCCGGAUACUGAAUUCUCGUUUGAAUCUUUUACAAAUUUUCGCUUGCCAACCAAUUCAGAUUUAGUGUUGAUUUUAGCGGAAAAUACGAUAGCUUGCGCCCAUCCAGCUAAUGGCCCCCACAAUUCUCGCAGAUAAUCAUUGACUUCGGUGUGAAUCUUUGGCGUAAUCGUUUUCUGCCUUUUUAAAUGUGGCAAAUAAUUUGCCUGUGCAAUUUGAAAAAUAUGAGUAUCUAUAGGUAUAGCAUCUAAAUGCCCCAGUGACAUCAAGCAUAUGCAGUCGGCAACUUUAGGACCGAUUCCUGGCAAAAUCAUCAGUUGUUCUCUAGCUAUAUGAUAAGGAACAUUAUUUUCUCUUUGUAAACUCAAAAGCCAAUUCUUUCCACCUAACAUUGACAAACGUUGCGCUGCAUUAACUAUGUAUCUAGCACGGUAGCCAAAUUUUUCUCUUUUUAAUACACUUUCUAUAUUAUUUUCCAUUAAAGACUGUAUUGUUGGAAAA